CCAUUAAACCGAAUGAGAACGUUCUUCCAUCCAGCUAGCAUCACCCGGGAGUCUUGAAUCUCCUGUUGUGAAAAGUGCUCCGUGUUGUGUAGCAACCAAAGAAACCAAGAAGGAGACAUUUAGGAGUGUAAUACAUGGAGUGCGGCGGCCUGGUCGGUGACGUUCUAUCCCCAGAGUCGACGGUUACCUCCCUCCUGUCCAGCUCAGGUCACCUGAGAAGCAACCUGCUGGCUCCUGAACACAACACCUCCUUCAGAUACAGAGACAAGGACUAUGAAUCCGCCUCGGCAGCACUGGACGCCUACAUUGCAGACUUCGACAGAAGUGGGCAGAACAGAGGGUCUCUGACAGGAAAGCUGGUCCUGCCUCAAAGUCUACCCUCCACGCCAUGCAGACCUGGAGCGAGCAUGCUCAGAAACAAAGACGUUCUCAGGGAGCGUUUGACGGACAAGGAGCUGGACUUCCUUAACCUCCCCGUCAGCUCCCUCCAUCACCGCAGCAACAGAGACAGACUCUCCAUGACGACUGACGAGUUACUGUCCAUCCCUCGUGACGGCUCCAUGCCCGUCACCCACACGUCCGCCUUUAUCCAAGGCCUCAUGUCCAAGUCCAGGGAGUCCCAGCCUCGUCCCACCUCCUCCAGACCAGCACAGAGACCCUGGGACAGACUCAGCAGCAGCCACACCGCUCCCCGCAUAAACCUCCAUCACCACACUCACCCAACCAGGAUGCCCAGAAGCUCCAGGGGCAGACCAGGCACAGCCAUGAUGAAACCGGAUGCUGAUAUUUCCUCCGGCAGCUGCUACAGGUCCUCACACAGAGCAGCGAGGACGGAGCGGGCCGACCUGUCCUCAUCGCUCCACCUCCCUCACUGGUUCACCAGCAACAAGUCUGACAUGGACUGCUCCGGAAUCACCAGCGUGCCCGACCUGAAGUACCCGGCCUGGAUCCAACGCUGCGACCUGAGCGAGCCUCCGCCGCCUUCAGAGUCAGAGCUGUGGGAUGACCGAGGUGUUCCCCUUCCUGCAGUUCACAGAUCCGGAGCUCCGUCCUGGGUCGAAGAGCUGGAGGGCGACGAUGUUUCUGACCAGACACCUGCCCAGAGUGACAGCCGGCAGACUCUCAGAGAUCUCAGGCUUCAGUUUGCUGAACAGAUUUCUCUACUCGCCGCUCAGAAGAAAAGCUCUGACAUCAUGGAAACUCUGUUCAGAGACAACAGGAUUGAGUCUCUGAUCCAGAAGGCCGACCAGGUGUUGAACUCUCUGUCUCAGAGUUCUGGAGGAGCAGACAGCCGAUCACAUUCGGUCAGUAUCCAUGACAGUGUCGAUGAAGAAGGCAGCCUGAUGAAGACAGAGGAGCUUUUGCACGGCCCUCAGUUCAAUCAGGACUCAGAAGCAGCAACAGGGGGCAACACAGAGGCUCAGACCGACAGUGGAGCUCCGCUUCAGGACUGCUGUCUCCAUGGAAACAACAUCUUUAAACAGCCGGGUCCAGCUGAGGCUCUGAAGCAGAUGCUGUUCAGGCUGCAGGCGGUGGAGGCGGAGCUUCAGCGACGACAGGAGGCGCCAUCAGCUCCAACAGAGACCGACAGGUUACAGACACGAGAGACUCCAGUGAAACAGAAGCCUGAGAGGGAAGCGGAGCUGGAGAGUAUUUCUGGUGGAGCGUCACUACAAAGAGCUCUGCAUCACCUGAGCCGACUGAAGAUGCUGGUGGAAGAGCCCAGAGAGAAACGCACACAGGAAGAGAAGGAGAGGGAUGAAGACGAAGGACGCUACUCUUCUUCUUCAGCUGAUGGACUCACCUGCACUCAGCAGAAACGCUCAUGAAGCCCAAGACCAGCUCGUCCAUGUCAUCAUCAUCAUCAGUUAGUGGUCUCUUUGUCCUCUCCUCGUUGUUUCCCUCUGAUGUGCGGCAGCAACAGGACGCAGUAAAAGACAAAGAAUCUGAAGGAAGUCUGCUUUGGAUUUAUAUUUUUUAACUAAGGGUGUAUGGAUGUAGUCCGGGGACCAAAUCAGACUCUUUAUCUAUGGCAUGAAAUGGGUGUGACAGUUAACUGUUACAGUGAAGGAAGCUGUGAAACAUUCGGUGGUUUCCAGAUAAGAAAGGCAACUAGACUCGAACUGAGAGAUAAAAUGUGCUAAAUAAUUAGCUGCUAAGAUGCUUAAAGGUCACAUAUUCUCCUCCUCCUCAACCGGUUUAGCUCCCCUAUGCUCCCCUAUGUCUAUAAACCCCUCUAUUUCAGCCCUGCUCAGAACAGGCUGUUUCUGUGUCUGUACCUUUAAAUAUGUAAAUGAGCUGUGUCUGACCACGCCCCUCUCAGGAAGGGCUUGGGUGUACUCAGUGCUUUCUCUCUCCAUGUCCUAUUGUUUACGGUGAGAAGGCAGACUCAGAGUGAAGAACAAACACCUAGCUGUGGGAGUGUCACCCACCUGGGGGAGGGGUUACUGCCCUUUGUGAUGUCAUGAAGGGAAAAUCUCCAAACGGCCUGUUUGAGCACACAUUUUCUGAAAAGUGGAGCAGGCAAAAGACGAAGAGGAUGGACUUUUCUCAUCAUUGGGGGGUUUAGACAGGUACGAGAAACAUGUUAGUGUUAGAGAAACAUGGGGAAGUGGAUUUUGCCAAAUGUGUGGCCUUUAAAUGUGUGAAUGUGCCAAAAUGAACGACAGGUGUAACGUCCACUUGUUCGUUACUGCACGGAAAAUAUAGUUUGAAUUCUAUUUGUUGCCAAGACAGCAGCAGGACUCUUGAGGUGAGAGUGUCACAAUGCUAGCUGCAUACAUUUUAUAUACAUUAGCAUUAGCUACUGUAGCAUGCUAUCAAGCAAACAUGUGACGCAAAAAAAAGCUCCUGUGAGGAACUUUUGUGUUGGUUGAUUUUGUUGCCCGUGUGUAUGAAAUUGGACGACGACCUCUUAGUGAGUCGUGUUGUUUUUUUUUAAUGACUGAUGAUGAAAUAUCUCAUCCGUCUUUCUUUUCAAUGUCCAGAGUGUACUAUACUUUUGUUAACAUGUCGAAUGUUACUGCGGCUACUGUUACUACGCUGACAUUAACUUAACAUGAUAAAUGUUACAUGCUCAUGAGAGCAGCCCCCCCUGAACAUUAUUUUAGCUCUAUUAUUACUUAAACAUUCUGUCAUGUCACUGUUACGAUAUAAUGAGACAUUUCAACCUGCUAAAGUUUGGCAUGUUUGAAUUCACGGCUGCUGCUCUUCUGAUAUAACUGUAAAUGUAUGAUUUUAAUCUCGUCAGUUUACGACUUUAACCUUCUUGUAUGACUUCAGUCCCGAUAUCUCAGAUUUGUUUACCCUUAAUGUUGCCCUAAUACUCCUUGGUAGGAUGAAUCUCUAAUCAGAGCUGAAAGUUAAAUUAAAAAAAAGUGCCUGAGAAAGUUUGACACUGACUGAUGGUGCUGCUGAAGUGCCUGAAGACGACGGGCGGUGAUGCUUUACCACACAGCAGAGGUUUGUUAUUAAAAGUGUUAAAGUUCUUUACAUAAUGAGCUCACUUUGUCAUCGUUGUUUUACCAGCAUUAUUAUCAUCAUCAUCCUGUCUUAAGAUGAAGAACAUGCAGUCAGUAUUUUGUGUCACAUUCAGAACCACUACACUGCCAAACAGAUGUUUAAAAAAAACAUCCAUUUUGAGUGUUUUCUAUCUUGAACAGUCUCCUGCUGCUGUGUCUUCAAACCGCUCACAUUAAAACAAAUGUUAAAAUCA